CAUCCUCCCUCCCCACCCAACCACUAGAAACAGGCAAGAACCCACCGCAACUUUCACUACACACUGUACGCUCUUUUUACCACCCCAUCCUUCCCUCACCUUUCACACAACUCCUAUUCCACUCCACCCAUGGACACAACUAUGCUCAUUUCUCACAUCAUGGGAGGCCAGUAUGAGUAGGAGGAGGAGGAGGAGGAGGAGCAGGAGCAGUACUAUUGCUUGAAUAAGGAGGAGGAGGCAGGAGGAGGAAGAGAAGGGUGAAGAAAUGGAGCUUUUCCCGGCGCAACCUGACUUAUCUCUGCAAAUUAGUCCCCCAGACAGCAAGCCGGCAUCAAGCUGGAGCAGAAGUGAUGAGGGCCGGGAUUUUGGGUUUUGGAGGAGAGCCAUGGACUCCGCUAGCAGCAGCAUCAAGAGCAGCACCUCCCCUUCGACGCAGAAGGCCGACACCGGUGGCUUUGACCUCUCCUUGGCAAACCCAAGUGUCGUCUCCAGCACCAACAACACCAGCCACCUUCCUCACCAGUACCAAUAUUUCCAUCUGCAUCACCACCAAAAAUUCCUACAUGACGGGUAUCGCCAAGAUCUUGGUGGUAUGAGACCUAUAAGAGGAAUUCCGGUGUACUACAACCCUCCUUCCUUUUCUUUCCUCCACAACCAGCAGCACCACCAGCAUUUAUGUGGCUCAUCUUCCACUGCUUCUUCGAUCCACUACACGGCGCAAGGCAUGCCGAGGUCGCCGCGGCUUUUGCCGCGGUUCCCUGCAAAGCGAGGCAUGAGAGCGCCGAGGAUGCGGUGGACGACCAACCUCCAUGCGCGCUUCGUCCAUGCAGUUGAGUUGUUGGGAGGGCAUGAAAGGGCCACGCCAAAGUCUGUUCUUGAGCUCAUGGAUGUCAAAGAUCUCACUUUAGCUCAUGUGAAGUCCCAUUUACAGAUGUAUCGGACUGUGAAGACUACUGAUAGACCAGCCACUUCUUCUGACCAAACUGAACCUAUAGAAAUUUCUGAUGACAACUUGCUCAAUAUCCGUGGAUCAGAAGCCUCAGUUCAGCAUGUCAGGUCGGGUGGUAGUCAUAGCACCUGUUCUGGCCUUUGGAACAAUACUUCGAGCAGGGAGGGCAGCUGGUUUCAUGGCAAGCCAAAGGAUUCCACCACUGGGAGCAUUAACUCUUUCGAGGACAUGCAAUCCAAAAGCUUCGAGAUGGUAUCGGAUUUGAACUCAUCGUGCAUCUCGGAGAUGAGCACAAAGAAGCCCAAUCUCGAGUUCACCUUGGGGAGGCCGCAUUGACUCUUUGAGCUCUCAUCCUCAUAUCAUAUGAUCAACUAGGAGGAGAUCAAAUGAUCGGGUGCCCACAAGAGAAUCAAGAAAAAGAAAAAGAGAGAAAGACAAGGAGACCAUUGAGGCAGAAAGCAGAAGAAAAAGGAGACAAUGAGAGUAAAAAAGCAUAUAUGAAAGCUGAGAGAUCUCAAAGGCUAUGUUCUACGUAAAUAUGGGAUGUGUUUAUUGCUUCGAGAUGUAAAGAGUGAGAAGAGAGGGUCUCCUUUUACUAUCACAAAGGCAUAAAGCACUGAAGGUAUGGGGCUUUUUCAUUCUCCUGCAUGGGCACGUGCUUCGCUUUGUAGUUUUCCAACAAAGAGAGAAAAGAAAAGGAAGGGACUAUGACAUUGAUCACUAGAAUAUUAUAUAUAAUGUCAUGCAAUCAAACUCGAAGGCAAUUCCUAUAGAUUAUCCAAUCCAGAAUUCACUCAGAUCUUAAUUAAUUGAGAAAUACAGUGUUUGUAGAGCU